AAGUGGAAGAGAAGAGAAAGUACAAAAAAAAUACGAAAUUAAGAUAUCAAUUAAAUUUAAUUUUCUGUGAAAUUUUGUAAAGUAUCAGCAAAAGUGAUAGCAAUUAAAAAUGAUACUCAAAUCAGUGAUUUUUUUGAUAAGUGUACUUUCGUUACAAGUGGAUUCAUCUACGACGAGACGACCUUUUGAUGUUCAAGAGUGGUUAAAAAAUCAAACAAGCAACGACACUUGGAAGGCAAUCAACGUGGAGGAAUUUCCCGGAGAAGAGUGCUAUCGUCCCUGCAGUGUCGGUCAAAGUCGCGUUUGUUACUGGAAAUUCGUUAUGGAGCAUUAUCAAGCGAUGGGAGUUGCUUGUGGUCGUUGCGCGGAAGGUGUCAUGGAAGAUUGUUUCAACUUGCACUGUUUGCCGGCAGAUGGCGUUGAACGCGGUGUCAUGAGUAUCAAUCGUAAAAUUCCCGGUCCCUUUUUGCACGUGUGCAAGGAUGAUUUAGUUGUCGUUGAUGUCGCUAAUCACAUGGCUGGCACCGCUGCUGCGAUUCAUUGGCAUGGAUUUCAUAUGCGAGACACUCCCUUCAUGGAUGGCGUUCCCUUCCUUACACAAUGUCCCAUCGAUUAUGCCACAACGUUCCGUUAUUCCUUCUGGGCGAGUGAACCAGGUACGCAAUUUUAUCAUUCGCAUUCGGGCCAUCACAAAGUAAAUGGACAUUACGGUGCCUUUGUCGUGCGUAACGAAACGAGUCCGCAUCAGAAUUUGUACGAUUUUGACUUGAAAGAGCACACGGUGAUUGUUUCGGACUGGAUGCACGACGAUGCUGACAUGUUUAUGCCUGGCUUGCCCACACGCCGUCCUGGAAUCGUUCCGAAAAACGUGCUAAUUAACGGAAAAGGCGUCUAUGUCGACGAAAAGAGACCCGAGCAGUACGUGAAUAGUCCCAUUGAGGUGUACAAAGUGAAACAAGGCUCGAGAUAUAGAUUUAGAUUCAUCAACAGCGGCAGUCACGUAUGUCCCGUACAAAUCCAGAUUCAAGGUCAUAACCUAAGUGUAAUUUCCACGGAUUCCUUUGAUGUGCAUCCUGAAAAUGUCAAUACUCUGAUCAGUACGUCUGGGGAGCGGUACGACUUUGUAGUGAAUGCAGAUCAAGCGCCAGGAAAUUAUUGUGUUCGCGUUAAAUUACUGGGCGUUUGUAAUCACGAGCAAUUUGCUGUUUUGUCGUACGUUGAUGCCGAUGCGAGUUACGAAGUAGCAGUUUCCGAGUACGAAGCUUAUGGUAGCGAAGGGGCUCGUUGUCGGGCUGCCGAAGAACUCCCAAUUGGCGCGACAUUAAAUCACCCGAACACCACAUGUCACAAUCCCUUGACGCGUAAUUUGUGUUCGACGGAUCUCGCGGCACUUGCUGCCGACACGGAGCUGCUCAAGGCCCCAGUUGAUGAACGGUUUUAUCUGGCAUUCAAUAAUUACGCCGUUAGUCCGCAUGAGCUCUUCCAGGAAAAUCGCUAUGAACAUUUUAUGAACAAUCGUGGGUCAAAUGUCCUGCAGGCAGCCAUCAAUAACAUCUCGUUUGUGUUUCCGCCGAUAAGUCCACUUACCCAGCCAGACGAAAUCACGGAAGACAUGUUCUGCGAGGAUGGAAAUUGGCCGAAACGAUGUGACGGUGAGCGAUUUUGCCAUUGCACGCAUCUGGUAAAGGCGAAAUUAGGUAGCGUCGUGGAACUCGUUAUCAUUGAUGAGACACGAAAUAUCGGACCCAUUAAUCAUCCCUUCCAUUUGCACGGAUAUGCCAUGCAUGUAAUGGAGACAGAUUUCGUUCGUAACUUCCCAAUGACGGUUGAUUUGUACAAAAAACUCGAUAAAAGUCGCAUGUUGCCGAGUCAAGGCAGAAAACGUACUCUCAGGGGACAGAAUACCGCCUCGCUGCAAGAUACGAUCUCCCUUCCCAGUCAAGGUUACACCGUACUAAGAUUCCGUGCCGAUAAUCCGGGUCUAUGGGCGCUCCAUUGUCACUUUGAGUACCACUUUUCCGUUGGCAUGGGUCUCGUACUGCAAGUUGGCGAGCCAAGUGAUUUCGUGAAAGCGCCACCAAAUUUCCCCAAGUGCCGCAAUUUUGUGCCGGAUAUCGAUCAAUCAGUAAUUGAUUACAAAAAUCUGUUGCCACAAUAGGACACAACGCAAAAAAUUGGGACAUCGGAGAUUUAUUAAUUGCUCUUUUUUUGUUUGUUUGUGAGUGAAGCGAGUUUUGAGUGUGAGCGUUCGUUUUAUGUGUAAAGUUUGAAUUAUUGAUGUUGUUUUUUUAUUUAUAUUGUAAAUAAAUGACGUUAGUUGUAAAGGAUAA